ACACCUCAAUGACCAUGAUCAGGAAACUAUGCACGCAACUUUUCGUGUGUCAUUAUAAAUCAUUAACACUUAUCACUGGUAGUCGGAACAGGUAUGCGUGAGUGCAUUUAAACCGAUACCAGCGACUUGCCUAACAUUUAUCGAUGUAGAUGUUUUUAAAUGGACACAGUAGAUUAAGAUCAUUUAAGCAAACAACACAACAGAGAAGAGAAGAGAAGAGACCCAAAGGACAACGCUGUAACUCUAUAGACCUAUAAUGUAUGUAUCGGGCAUUUAAAUGUGUAGGCCCCGCUCAUGUACUGUACAUGUGUUAAAACUCCUACUACACAUGUAUACGUGUUACAUGUCACAACAAAAAACUAUGGUGCUUAUGACCUGACAAUGUCACAAACAUAGGAAUGGCGAAACAAUUUAUUGCCGUAAUGAAUACAUGCUUCGUUUACAAAAGACACCACAAGUAACUCCAUUUUCUUCUGUCAUGGAUAAACCGGCUGAAAGCGUUAAAAGUAUUGUCGAUUUACUGAAAUCUACAAAUGAAGCGUCGUUAUUGAAAGACGGAAUCGACAAAUUUUCCAAGGCUGCCAUUGAAUGGUAUAUGGACCAGGAUGACCUCGAUAUUCUACAUCACGCUAUAAUAACCAAUAACAUCGAGGCUGUAGGACUGUUCUUCCAUAAAGGGUAUUUCAAACUUCCUCAUGAAUCUCCUUCAGUGCCAUAUCUUCACUUGUGUGCAAGACUUGGACACAAGACAAUUCUUUCUAUGUUGAUUCAAGAACGAGGCCAAGACAAUACCCCAAUGGAGUUCAAAUAUUACGGCCCGACAGGGUUAAGUGGGGAUUCCCCUAAAGCCAUGAGGAUACCCGUGAUGAGCGGUAAAGAUAAGUUGUCUCCUCUGGACAUAGCUGGCGAGUACGGGCAUAUUGGCUGUGUGUAUACUAUCCUAGACCAUUUUUAUGGAGGCAAAGUAAGGCAUAAAGCUAAGAGUACCAAGGAGGCUUAUGUUAACCUAGCUUGUGAGCUGGACUCCCCGCCCGCUCUCCGCUUACUUCUAUCACACAAGCCGACAGAAGAGGACAUUAAAAAUGCUGUUGGAGUUGCCCUGAAAAUGGCCCGACCAGAAUGUUUGGACGUUUUAUUGGGACUAAAACCUGACAUCAGUUCUUUGUUUGGUGGCAUGAAUCUGUAUCAUGUUCUCUUCUCAUACAGUCUCUCAUUUAAGAAAUCUUGGUAUGAAUCAUUGCUUACCGUCACGACUCUCCUCAUCAAGCAUUCACACGACUUGUCGAAGUGUCUUCCCUAUCGGACAUACCCACUGUAUAGCCUAUUAUCCCACUCGUCGUGUCAUGACUUGGACAACUCGUCCCCAUAUCUCCUAGCAUGUCUUCUGAUCAUGCUCAAUGCUGGUGCUGACCCAAACUUUGACGAACUAGAAUUCGAAAAGGAGCUUACGAAAAGAAAAUUCAAUGCAGCUGCAGCGUUUGGAAGAGCUGCAUUUUCCUCUGCCAUGCAUUGUUUGUUCGACACCAUUGGGAAGUACUCGGAACAGGUACAAAUUGAACAAAAGCUUUCUCUCAGAAGUCAUCUAGGGAAAUGUACAGAGGCCUUGCUGAAACACGGAGCAGAUUUAAACUACGUGGGACGAGUUGAAGAUCAGUGUGAUACCUACGGAAACAGUCUACAUUGUUUCUGCAGAAUUGCUCCGAAAAUUGGACUUGGCGGGAAAAUGCUAAAACUUCUUCUACGUCAUGGCGCAAACCCGGAUGUAAUGGUAUACGGGUAUUACCCUAUAAAUGUGUUUUUCGAACAACUUUUGGCAUACGCUACAAACUCUGACAGCUCACACGUUGUAGAUGUACAGCACAGUACAUUUGUUAUGGACUCGAUGGCCCAAGCAGCGUUGCGAGAUUCGUUUGAAAUCUUCAACAACAUGGCGGCUAGUUUUGAGCAGCCGUCAUCGAAACACGCGCGGAUUUUGGCGGGAAUCAAGGACGAGUACGAGAAGCGAGUUUCGGACGUCUGGUCACUUCGUAAGUGGUGUGUGUUUACUGUGUGGGUCAGUUGUGGCCGGAAAAUAGACCAAGCCGCGCGGUUGCCACUGCCCAAACGUUUACGUGAUAGUAUCACGGAUUCUCUGGAGUAUGUUUUCUGAGGACAAGUAUUAUGAUAAAACUGUUAGUACUAUUAGUCUUACGUGUGAUCAAGAUAAUUAGUGUAUUCCAUCAGACAGAUAUAAAUACAUGUAUGUGAAAUAAAUCAUUUUAAAACA